CCAAUCAAGAAAAAAAGAAAAAAUCAGGCCCAAAAGAAAAAAGAAAAAGAAUAUAAUAAGCCCAAAGCAUCAAAUAAAGCCGGAAAGAAAAGAAAGCGCCGCGUCUUCUUCUUCUUCCUACCGUCUCCGAGCUCCAGCACUAAACUAAAGCUCCAGAAAUUGGGUAUGUAAAAAGGUUGUUUGAUUCUCUAAAAUUCCAACUCAGCGGGGUCAAAUUGAACUGAUCAUACUUGAAAAUGGUGUCGGCGAGCAAGGAGAUGGUGGUGUAUUGCUUUGACACGCUCCUGGCUCACUACAACACUGAAGAAGCUCCUCCCCCGGCAUUCGAGGAUGGCCAACAUCCAUUGUUUGUUACUUGGAAGAAAAUGGUGAAUGGUAGUGAGCCUCGUUUGCGUGGAUGUAUUGGAACACUAGAACCUCGUGGCUUGGUUAAUGGAUUCAAGGACUAUACUCUAAACAGUGCUUUGAGGGACCGCAGGUUUCCCCCAAUACAAGCUAAGGAAUUACCAUAUUUGGAAUGUACAGUUUCCAUUUUGACUGAAUAUGAAACUGCUGACGACUACCUUGAUUGGGAGGUUGGGAAGCAUGGUAUAAUCAUUGAGUUUACUGAUCCGGGCUAUGGUACAAGGCGCAAUGCAACAUACUUGCCUGAGGUUGCUGCGCAUGAAGGUUGGACUCAAAUAGAAGCAAUUGACUCAUUGAUGCGGAAAGCAGGCUAUACUGGGACCAUCACCGAGUCACUUCGGAAGCGUAUACGAUUGACCCGCUACCAGAGCUCAUUAUAUACAAUGCACCACAGCGACUACGUUUCUUAUGUGAAGGCAAGCAGAGGCGCAGCUACAUCUGGCUCCAAGUCCAGCAAUCAGUGAUUCAUCCAGAAAGCAUGUGGUUUGGAGUGGAUUUGUUUGUUGUUCCAGGCCAAACUGCAAUAAUAGAUACAUGCCAAUUCCACUAUCAAUUUAAUUUGGAUAUUGAAGAAAGUGACCAACAACAAUUUGGAAACUCAUGUUGAUGAGAAACCUGGAAGCUGUAUUUGUAGAGUGUGUAUUUCAAAAUUUCACUGUAAUGUUUCUACACCGCAUGCUCCAACUAGCUAUCGGACACAUUAACUAGCCCAUUAUUUGUAAGUGAUCUCUGUCGUCCGAUCAUAUUUCUACAGCUAGAGAACCAGUACUGUUGUGUUUCUCUUGCUAGCCUAGCCGCGAGUGUAUCCACCUGAUCAACGAUGACCACAUAUAAUUAACGUAUGCGUGACAGUCUUUACUUUGUA